AUGCUUGAUCCAUUUUUUCCACCUCCGGCUUUCCUUCAAUCUUUCAUUACUCCAGUAAGUGAGUUCUUCAACCUCAGAACACUACCACUUCAUAUUCAUGAAAUAAUCGCCGCCUUCCUACUGCAUUACACAAUCUUUGAAUAUGUUGCUCCAUUUGCGUCAAGCAAGCUCCUACCCGCCAAAUACGGAAAGCUUCCUAUCAAUAGCAAACUGCGAUGGAAUAUUCAUUGCGCAUCAAUGGUUCAAAGCGUUACUAUUUCCAUCCUAACUAUAUACACCUUGGCCUUUGACAAAGAAAGACUGAACAUGACAUCGGAGGAGCGAAUUUGGGGAUAUACCGGCGCAGCUGGCCUAAUACAGGCAUUGGCCUGUGGUUACUUUUUAUUCGACCUUGUAGCGAUGGUCCGCCAUCUCGAUGUAUUUGGUGUGCCUAUGCUAAUACAUGCUGCAAGCUGUUUUGCUACCUAUAGUAUUGGUUUCCGGCCAAUCUGUAACUACUAUGGAUGUGUAUUCAUGCUGUAUGAACUCUCAACACCAUUCCUCAAUAUUCACUGGUUUUUCGAUAAGCUCGGAAUGACCGGUACCAAGGCACAGCUAUACAAUGGAUUGGUUCUUCUUAGUGUUUUUUUUUCGGCGCGCCUGGUGUGGGGCGCCUACGCUUCGUUGGGCCUCUAUCAAGAUGUUAUGCUUGCAUGGAAAAUUCGUUCCAAUACUAACAUGCCGGUUGAGUCCGAAAUUAUGAAGUAUGGAUAUGAUAGGGCGUUACCUCUAUGGCUAAUUUUACUUUAUUUAUUUGGUCAUAUUGCUCUAAACACUCUCAACAUUUAUUGGUUUAACAAGAUGCUGGAUGCAGUCAAGAAACGUUUCAUCCCGAAAAGUGAUCAUAAGAGAAAUUGA